AUGAGGAAAAGCAAAGACCACAUUGCAUCCAUCUACAUUGAAUGUGGUAUUAAGCUAACAGAUCCAGUCCAAAUAGAAAAUGAAUUCAUAUCAUUCUUCGCCAAACUCAUGGGAGAAAGUGGAGAAGUUCAUAGAUGUCCAGAUGCUGAAGUGGCAAAACAAGGGAGAUGCCUUGACCAACAACAGAAGGUGACACUGGUCAAAAAUGUAACAAAUGAGGAGAUUCUAGCUGCUAUAAAAGAUAUGCCUCAUGAUAAAGCCCCAGGGAUUGAUGGCUUUCCCAUUGAGUUUUUCACAACACAAUGGACUGUAGUUGGUUCUGAAGUAUGUGCUGCAGUCAAGGAAUUCUUUGAAAUAGGCACAAUACAUAAAGGAAUGAAUUGUACAGCAGUCACUGUAAUUCCAAAAGUGCCAAACCCCAGCCAAGUCAAAGAAUUCAGACCUAUAGCUUGUUGCACCACUCUAUACGAGAUAAUAACCAAAGUUAUCACCAACAGAAUAAAGAGUGUAAUGGGGGAUCUCAUUGGGGAGUCACAAUCAGCCUUUAUUGAUGGAAGAAGCAAUACAGAUAAUAUCUUGUUUAUUCAUGAGUUAUUCAAAGGAUACAACAGAAAAGGGAUCUCCCCAAGUUGGAUAAUGGAAUUCAUCACCACGGGGGAACUUGCACAGCUGGAAAAUCACAGACACUUUAAAUUCCGUCCCAGAUGUAAGAAGCUAGAAGUAAUUCACAUUUAUUUUGAGGAUGACCUGUUGAUGUUCUGUAAAGCUGACAUUACAUCCAUAAGACUGCUGCAGCAAACAUUUCUCAAGUUCUAUAACUCAUCUAGCCUCCAGGCAAAUACAGAAAAAAGCUCUAUCAACCUAGCAGGCAUCUCAGAUAGCACAAAGCAAGACAUUAUGCAAGAAUUGGGAUACACUGAAGGUACUCUGCCAUUUAGAUACCUAGGUGUACCACUAGCCUCCAAAAAGCUGUCUAUUAUCCAAUGUUGGCCACUAGUAGAGAAGAUUACACAAAAAAUCAACUGUUGGACAUCCAAAUUGCUUUCAUAUACUGGCAGGCUCCAGUUAAUUAAAUCAGUCUUGUUUGGGUAUGGCACAUCAAACAUCACCAAGAAAGCACUAGUUGCUUGGAACAGAGUAUGCUGGCCACAAGUUGCAGGUGGACUAAAUGUAAUGAACCUUUACUACUGGAACAAAGCAGCAGUUGCAAAACACCCGUGGGCAGUAACAAUGAAGAAGGACAGCUUAUGGAUCCGAUGGGUUCACACCUUCUACAUAAGAAACAGGAUAGUGGAAAGCAGUCCAAUACCCAAGAAUGUUGCUUGGGUGGUUAGAAAGAUAAUAGAGACCAGGAACUUUGUUCUUGAAUUGCAAGGUAUUCAAGGGGAUAUGGGCCAUUCUAAACCUAUUCAGAAUUGGCAAGGAGAGGCCCAAUGGAUUAACAAAGGUGCAAAAAAGAAAUCUGGUCGCUGGGCAAUUGGACGGCUUCAUCCGAACGCAAUAAUUUUGGCUCUGACUGUUUAUGUGUCAUUACAACUUGUUUAUGUGGCAAUCGCUACUGGUGUAGCAGCAUUUCUUCGUAAGUCCAACUAA